CAGUGCCUGACAUUUCGUUUCGGAGGUAAAAUUCACACCAUGGCUGUCGUCUGAGAUCGAUUCCUGAGUGCAAGACUAAUUUUCCCCAUUCUACCUCAUUCUACCUCGACAUCGGUGUUCGUCGACGAUCCUGCGUCGAGAAUCCACGGCGGGUUUAGGAAACAGAAAGAAUGUCGAAAUCAGGGAGCAUUAAAGAUGGCGAGAAGGGGCCCUAUGAUCCGGUCCCUACCGCCGAAAAGGGCAACGAUGAGAUUAAGCUGGAAGCGAAAAUGUCGCUUCUCAAUGGUGUCACCGUCAUCGUCGGCUCCAUCAUCGGUUCCGGCAUUUUCGUCAGUCCAACGGGAGUCCUUAAAUAUACCGGAAGCGUGAAUGCGAGUCUUCUCGUUUGGACGGCGUCCGGAAUUUAUUCUAUGAUAGGGGCUUACUGCUACGCCGAGCUCGGUUGCAUGAUUAAGAAAUCGGGGGCGGAUUAUGCAUACAUUAUGGAGACUUUUGGACCCUUUCUGGCAUUUAUCAGACUAUGGGUUGAGUGCAUGAUAGUGCGUCCUUGCAGUCAAGCUAUCGUGGCCUUAACUUUCAGCGUCUACGUCCUCAAGCCGAUUUUUCCGGACUGCACGCCACCCGAUGAGUCCGUAAGAAUGCUCGCUGUCUGCUGCAUAUGUAUUCUCGCUUUCAUAAAUUGCUGGGAUGUCAAAUGGGCGACGAGAGUGCAGGACAUCUUCACGUAUGCGAAAUUACUCGCGCUUUUCAUAAUAAUCUUCACCGGAGCGUAUCAGCUUUGCACUGGACACACACAGUAUUUUACGUUUGACAACAGCAACACGGAAGUCACGUCUAUAGCACUCAGUUUUUAUUCAGGCCUGUUCGCUUACAACGGUUGGAACUACUUGAACUUCAUAAUUGAAGAACUGAAAGACCCCGUUAGGAAUCUACCGAAGGCCAUCGGCAUUUCGUGCGCUCUCGUUACGGUUGUCUACGUCUUUACGAACAUGGCCUUUUACACUACUCUUAGUCCCGUCGAAGUGCUCGGUAGCGAAGCUGUGGCGGUGACAUACGCAAACAGAUUGUUCGGCGUGAUGGCGUGGACGAUACCGGUUUUCGUAGCUCUAUCUACAUUUGGCGCAGUUAACGGCAUUUUACUCACGUCCUCGCGACUUUUCUAUGCGGGUGCCUGCGAGGGUCAAAUGCCAGAGAUACUGACGAUGAUCCAAAUUUCCAGACUGACACCUGCGCCCGCUGUAAUUUGCAUGGCCCUAUUAUCUAUGCUGUACUUGUGCUCUUCCAACAUUUUCCGUCUUAUCAAUUAUGUCGGCUUCGCCACCUGGCUCAGCAUAGGUGUCUCCGUGUUGUGCCUUCCGUGGCUCAGGUGGAGCCAGCCGAACUUGUUGAGACCGAUCAAAGUGAAUCUCAUUUUUCCGAUCUUCUACAUCCUAGCCACUCUCUUCGUUACGAUUGUUCCGAUGUACGCGAGUCCCGUUGAAACUGGAUACGGCUGUCUGAUGAUAUUUUCCUCCAUACCUGUCUACCUCGUAUUUAUCUCGUGGAAAAACAAACCGAAAUUCUUCCAAAAAAGAGUCGGCGCCGUCACCCAAACUUUGCAGAAGAUGAUGGUAGUCGUGGGGCCACAAAAGGCAAAGGUUCAGAACACACAUAAGCACUACAAGGUGGUUGCAGAAGAUAAUGCUAGUAGUCGGCAAGGCGAAACCCGCUCAGGUAUAAACAGUCAAGACGAACCGGAUCGAAACCAAAAUGACGAAGACGAGGCCUUUCCGGAAUCGGAAGACGCAGAGGAUUUCUGUCGAUCUUCGAGUUAUAAUCUCUUCCUUCUGCCGGGAAAGAAUGCGAUUGGGAGCGAGAUUGGUUAGCAUAUCGAUUCCACAGGAUCGACGGUAUUAUUCUCUUGACUCUUCUGGAUUGAAGAACAAGCGUCCUAGAACAAGAGGCAGCCAUAUCUACGUGUUAGGACGCCAAAAAAAAAAAAAAAAAAUUAAGGCGAAACGGUUCGUCUCCCAGAUCUUUCGAAUCUCGUCCUUGACGAGAACUCCCGUCAAGACGUGCCCGCCCAAAUUUCGAAGCAAGGCUGUUAUUUCUCGUUCGAUGUCACGGCAAAGAGAUAUAUGCGAUGACACGCCUGCACGCUUCUGAGUUCAUUGAUUUUACUCGACAGUUAGCGUCGAAGUCUUCAUGUUUUAGAUAAAUACUGAUUUUGUAUUGGUGCUGUCAGU